CCUCUUUUCUGCGUUCGCUCUCUCCGCCCAUUUGUAACUUCUCUUUCUCUAUUUAUAGGUCUUCAAAACUCACCAUCUUCCUUCUCCAUUAUCUUCCCCUCUUCUCUGCGUUUGCUCUCAGUCAAUUUCAUAAAGGUACUUCGAGCACUGGAUCUGAUGGCUUCUUCAAACCACCUCUCGGAGGAAGAGGAGGAAGAGAUAGAUUCGGAGGAUGAAUUUUAUCAAGACGGUUACCAUAUUAUCACUAAGAAAGAAGAGAGGGAGUAUUUUCGUGCAGUUGAAGCAUCGGAGGGUUUUGAUGUACCAGAUUUUGAUAAAGUCUUUUCAUAUAGUCUCAUCGCUCCAAUAGAUAUGCAUGAGAACUCGUGGAUGCUCGAAGAGGCUCGAAUAUCAGCAGAUAAAGCUAUCAAACAUUACAACAAAGAAAAUGGAACUAAUUUUGAAGUUGUAGAGAUUGUGAAGGCGAAUCAUUCUGGAUGUUGUGGCUCGAUGUAUUACAUCACAAUGUGAAGCCGAUUGGAACCUCGGCAGAAUUUCCCCCAAUAACCUUCCAAGCUAAAGUUUAUUAUGCUAUUCCUAUAAAAGAUAUUAUAGACGUCGAACUUUGCAGGCCAAAGUUCUUUAAUUAGCGACCGAUAAACUACUUAUUACUUUUUAUCAUAUCAUUUUGGUUGGCUACUUGUUA